UGCUGCUGGCACGAAGAGUUCUAGUUGUGGAUCGCCUUGGCCUUGGAACAUGCCUCCUACUAGGGACCCCUUCCCAUUCCCCCACUAUGAAAAUGAAGAUUCCUAUACUGGCAACCAAAGGAAUUCCCUGAAAGCCCCCUAUGCUGUUCCCACACAUCUUGCCCAGCAACGAGACCCCUGGAAUAGACUACAUGCAACACCCACAUUAGCAAGCAUCAGAAGAGAAGUCUGGUAUAGAGAACAUGAGGGUUCUAGAGAUAGCCUGGAUUUUAACCUCAGUUCUUUGUACAAUCACCAUGAAGACCUGCUUAAAGAUAAAAGCAAGGUAGUCCUCCAUAGAGAGACCCUCUUUGAUGAUCAUGGUGCACUGAAGGGUUUAGAGCCUUUGAAGAAACGCACUGCGCCUCCAGUUCAUUGUCCCACUUCCAGGGGAAUCUCUGUGAGACACUGGGUCAACCCAAUAAAAGAGUCAAUUCACAGCAUCGAAGGAGCAAUUGAGUCUCCGCACACUGCAGCUACCAACAGUGGAUACUCCCGCAAAGAAAAUGGAGGCAUUUUCUACCACUGAAGAUUUUGCAAAGCCAUGCUCCUGCUUUAAUCUUUUCAGUCUUCAUUUAAACUUCCCAUUCUGUGUUGUUUGCCUUGCUUUUUGAUCCGUAAUUAAAUCAUUCAGCCUGACAGAAUUCUAGUAAGAAUACAACUAUACUGUUUUGUGAUGCCUCAUAAUUCUAUAGAUUUGGUUAGGGACUAAAUCAGUCUGGAAUGAGAUUUGAGGGUACCAUUUAAAUUGAAUAAUUUAUUUUCAUUUAUUUAAUUUCUUUUCUUACCUAAACAAAUAUAAGCUGAAACACAACUAUCUAAAAUAAAGUAGCUAAAGUAAAAAACA